CCCGCGGCAGAGAGAAGGACCCCGGCGCAGGUUGUCCCCUCCGGAAGGACAGAGCGAUGUUUGUCAGGGCUGCGGUCCGAGCUUGGAGGCUGACCGGGAACCCGGCGGCGGCUGUGACCGGGGCACAGCUUCAUGUAAGCUCCAGGAAUGGAUUGAAAUAUGGCUUCUGGAGGUAUGUACUUGGUGAGAGGAGCACAAAGAAGUUUGGGGAACACAGCAAGAUAAUCACUGUCGAUGGAAAUUUGGCAUCCGGCAAGGGGAAGCUGGCACAGCAACUGGCAGAAAAAUUAGGCAUGCGGUAUUUUCCAGAAGCUAAUAUAUAUUACAUGGAUGAUUCUACUGAUGGAAAUUUUCUACCUGCCAAAUUUAAUGGCCAUUGCAGUCUGAAGGAGUUCUAUGAUAACCCUAAAAACCCUGAUGGGAACUCCUACCGCCUGCAGCUGUGGAUGUACUGCAUGCGUUUCAUGCAGUAUUCAGAUGCCCUGGAACAUCUCCUGAGCACAGGUCAGGGAGCAAUUCUGGAGAGGUCCCCAUUCAGCGACUUUGUGUUUCUGGAUGCCAUGUUAAAGAAUGAAUACAUCCGCAAGGAAUGUGUGUCCAACUACAAUGAAAUUAAGGGUGUGAGCAUUGAUGAGUUCCUGCCCCCUCAUGUGGCUAUCUAUGUGGAUGUUCCAGCUGCCGAUGUACACAAGAAAAUCCAGGAGAGCGCAAAUGCUUCUGAGAAGAAAGUUUCACUGUCAUACCUUCAGAGUAUUGAAGACGCCUACAAAACCUCUUUCCUACCACAGAUCAGUGAGACCUCUGAAGUCUUGCAGUAUUCAGGCAGUGAAAUUCAGGAUGUGGAGAAGGUUAUUGAAGAUAUUGAAUACCUAAAGUUUGACAAGGGACCAUGGACAGAGCAGAAUGAUGUCACCUUACACCAUCUACGUAUGCUGGUGGAGGACAAGGACCAAGUUUGUAGCAUGCUUACUUUACCCUUGUACCUUCCAGAAGUCACAAUUGGAGCUAUGGAUUAUGAUGCUGCAUAUUAUCAGUACAAAUCGCUGCCUGGUAAGAAAUAUGCUGAUGGAUACAAUGCAGAUGUUGGGGAUAAGUACAUCUGGCUGAAGUAAAAGCGUUCUGAUGGGCAAAUCAGAAAUCAUUGUUCCCACCAUGCAAACACACUUUCACUAUGUGAAUGGGCCAGGUUUCUGCUAUGCUGAGCAGAAAUCGCUGAUGGCCCACUGGACUACAAACUGAACUUUAUUACAUUCUGUUUUUGUUUGCGCCCAAAUUUAAAUAAAAACCUAUUUAAAGUAA